GCCGGGCUCGCGCGCAGCCGGCUCGGCCCCCGCCCCGCAGCGCCGAGCCCCCGGCGAGUGUGCCGCCCGUGCCGUCCUCCGCCCGCCGCGUCCUCCGGGCAUGGAAGGAGGCUGCAAGCCCAACUCGUCGUCCAGCAGCCGGGACGAUGGCAACAGCGUCUUCCCCGCCAAGCCGCCCGCGACGGGCGCGGGGUCGACCGGGGCCGAGAAGGGGCUGGGCAGCCCGCCGGGGGGCGGCGGGGCGGGCGCCAAGGAGCUGGGCAACUCCGUGUGCUUCAAGGUGGACGGCGGCGGCGAUGAGCCGGCCGGGGGCCUGGAGGACGCCGAGGGACCCCGGCGGCAGUACGGCUUCAUGCAGAGGCAGUUCACCUCCAUGCUGCAGCCCGGCGUCAACAAAUUCUCCCUCCGCAUGUUUGGGAGCCAGAAGGCGGUGGAGAAGGAGCAGGAAAGGGUUAAAACUGCAGGCUUCUGGAUUAUCCACCCCUACAGCGAUUUCAGGUUUUAUUGGGAUUUAAUAAUGCUUAUAAUGAUGGUUGGCAAUCUGGUCAUCAUACCCGUUGGAAUCACGUUCUUCACAGAACAAACAACAACACCGUGGAUUAUUUUCAACGUGGCCUCAGAUACAGUUUUCCUCUUGGACCUGAUUAUGAAUUUUAGGACUGGGACUGUCAAUGAAGACAGCUCGGAAAUUAUCCUGGACCCUAAAGUGAUCAAGAUGAAUUACUUAAAAAGCUGGUUUGUGGUGGACUUCAUCUCAUCAAUCCCAGUGGAUUAUAUCUUUCUCAUUGUAGAAAAGGGAAUGGAUUCAGAAGUUUACAAGACGGCCAGGGCACUUCGCAUCGUGAGGUUUACAAAAAUUCUCAGUCUCUUGCGUUUAUUACGACUUUCAAGAUUAAUUAGAUACAUACAUCAGUGGGAAGAGAUUUUCCACAUGACCUACGACCUGGCCAGCGCGGUGGUGCGCAUCUUCAACCUCAUCGGCAUGAUGCUGCUGCUGUGCCACUGGGACGGCUGCCUGCAGUUCCUGGUGCCGCUGCUACAGGACUUCCCCUCCGACUGCUGGGUGUCGCUCAACAAGAUGGUCAAUGACUCUUGGGGGAAGCAGUACUCCUAUGCGCUCUUCAAGGCCAUGAGCCACAUGCUGUGCAUCGGGUACGGCGCGCAGGCCCCGGUCAGCAUGUCGGACCUGUGGAUCACCAUGCUGAGCAUGAUCGUGGGGGCCACCUGCUACGCCAUGUUUGUGGGCCACGCCACGGCUUUAAUCCAGUCUCUGGAUUCCUCCAGACGGCAGUACCAAGAGAAGUAUAAGCAAGUGGAACAAUACAUGUCAUUCCAUAAGUUGCCAGCUGAUAUGCGUCAGAAGAUUCAUGAUUACUAUGAGCACAGAUACCAAGGGAAGAUCUUUGAUGAGGAAAAUAUUCUCAAUGAACUGAACGAUCCUCUGAGAGAGGAGAUAGUUAACUUCAACUGUCGGAAACUCGUGGCCACGAUGCCUCUGUUUGCUAACGCUGACCCCAAUUUUGUGACUGCCAUGCUGAGCAAGUUGAGAUUCGAGGUGUUUCAACCUGGAGAUUAUAUCAUACGAGAAGGAGCUGUGGGUAAAAAAAUGUACUUCAUCCAGCAUGGUGUUGCUGGAGUCAUCACAAAGUCCAGUAAAGAAAUGAAGCUGACCGACGGCUCGUACUUUGGAGAGAUUUGCCUGCUGACCAAGGGACGCCGCACUGCCAGUGUUCGAGCUGACACAUACUGCCGUCUUUAUUCACUUUCUGUGGACAACUUCAAUGAGGUCCUGGAGGAAUAUCCGAUGAUGAGAAGAGCCUUUGAGACGGUUGCCAUUGACCGACUAGACCGGAUAGGCAAGAAAAAUUCAAUUCUUCUGCAAAAGUUCCAGAAGGAUCUUAACACUGGUGUUUUCAACAACCAGGAGAACGAGAUCCUGAAGCAGAUCGUGAAACACGACCGGGAGAUGGUGCAGGCCAUCGCUCCGAUCAGUUACCCGCAGAUGCCGGCCCCGAACGCCGCCUCCACGGCCACGGCCACGCCCACCUCCCGCGUGAGGACCCAGUCGCCGCCCGUGUACCCCGCCACCGGCCUGUCCCCUAGCAACCUGCACUCCCCCAGCCCCAGCACGCAGACCCCCCAGCCCUCGGCCAUCCUCUCGCCCUGCUCCUACACCACGGCCGUCUGCAGCCCGCCCGUCCAGAGCCCGCUGGCCGCCCGAACUUUCCACUACGCCUCCCCGACGGCGUCGCAGCUGUCCCUGGUGCACCCGCCGCCGCCGGCCCCGCAGCCCCCGCCGCCACCCCCGCAGCAGCCCCCGCAGCCACAGACGCCCAGCGGCAGCUCCACGCCCAAGACCGACGUGCACAAGAGCACGCAGGCCCUGCACAACGCCAGCCUGAGCCGGGAGGUCAGGCCCCUCUCGGCCUCGCAGCCCUCGCUGCCCCACGAGGUGUCCACCCCGAUUUCCAGACCGCACCCCACGGUGGGCGAGUCCCUGGCCUCCAUCCCUCAGCCCGUGCCAGCCGUCCACGGCGGGAGCCUGCAGGCGGGGGGCAGGGGCACUGUCCCCCAGAGGGUGACCCUGUUCCGACAGAUGUCCUCGGGAGCCAUUCCCCCCACCCGAGGAGUCCCUCCUGCACCUCCUCCGCCGGCGGCCCCCCUUCAGAAAGAGCCUUCCUCAGUCUUAAAAACAGACCCAGAGGUGGAAAAGCCACGAUUUUCUUCAAAUUUAUGAUCCCUGCCGAUUGUCAUACAGACUCGAAUGAACCGAGAACAUUCUCAGAUCUUAUUUUAUUCUAUCUCCUGACACAUCCCUAUAGCCUAUUAUGAAGAGAUAUUUUAGACAGCUCUGGCCUACACGCAAAAUGUAAAAUAUAUAUAUAUAUAAAUAUAUAUACAUAUACUAUUAAAUAUAUAUCUAAAAUCCAAGAGACAUUCAAAGACUUGUUUAGCAUUCAGUGUUAUAUAUGUCUUCCUUGCUUUAAAUCAUUAAAAAAGAUUUAAAAUGUUGUUGUAAGAUUAUUUAUUUUUAACCUGCUUUUCCUAAAUUCCUUUGAUAUAUGUAUUUCUCUAUUUUAGGAAGAGUUCUUGGAUUCGAUGCAAACAAAACCCUGAUUUUAAAAGGCAGCUCAAGUGAGCUACUGAAUGGCACCAAUCAACACCUCCUUCAUUAGCUGUGUCUCUGCAUCUAAAUGGUUAAUCAUUCGUUAUGGAGGGUGAAAUAGCAAAUUCCGUUUUAUAGAUCCAAAUUGUCAUUUGGUGCUUUCCAUUCUGACCUAGGUUAAAGAACAGUUGUAUAUGCUUGGCCACAGUAGGAGAGUAGCAGCCAGUGUUAGGAAUAUCUCUAACCUCAAACAUGUUCAUUGUUCAUUCAGGUAGCGAGGGGAUAUUUCUCUUCCUGUGUUAUUGGACAUUUCCCAGACUCAAUCAAUGUUAGUUGUAAAUAAUCUUUUCAACCCAAAUAAAAAAUAGCUAUUCUGUGCUGAAUGAAGGUCAAAGUCAUCACUUAAGAAUUUAGUUUUAUUGUUUCACUUCAAAAUCUAGAGUUUUAAAUUUUACAAAACCUAAUUGUGACAAUUAUUCAACUGUAAUGCAAUGGCUUGAAACCUACAAUGUUAUUUUAACCUGCAAUGUUUUAUGCAAAAUUGUAUGCUCGAUUCUACAAAUUGCUUGUAUUACACCAAGAGCCAUCACUUUUCUUCCUUCUUGCCAUAAUCAAGCAUUGGAAAAUAUCCCUGCAUGCUUUUUUUGUGGGGGGGAUAGGUUGAAAGCAGUCAUUGUAGGGAAAGGCUUACAGCAUUUCUCAUUUCUAGAAAUAUAUGCCAAUUUUAUUAAUUGCCUAUCUUAAAAUUCCUGUAAGUUUGACUCGGAUGGAACUCUAUCUUAAGACUAGAAGUGAGGUUUUUACUUUCUUUUAAUAUGAGUACUAUUAUUGUUAUUAUUUAAAUAAUGACUUGUAAAUCACAGCUUGAUUUGGAGUUGCCCGUGUGUUCUGUCUUCACUGUAGUUGGCAGUUUACGGUGGUGUUGAUUUAAAGAAAUAAAUGCUCAUAGCAGCAUCAUGUCUGUUGGGAACACACGCUUCGCUCUAUAUAUAUUGUAACUGAGUGGUUAGGAAAUCUUAAGGCAUAUGGUGUUAACAUGGGCCUUGGAGAGGAGGUGUGUUGUUUUAAAAGUGCUGAGAAAAGUCUAGACCUGGUGACGGGAAGCAGGGUGGAACUGAAUGUGAGCAUUGUUUGUGAAUUUGUCUGUUUCCUUAACUCUUUCAAUGAUCCGGGAGCAUCUUCUCCCUCUGCAGGGAGUCCCGUAGUAAUGAUUUGUGCCUAAUGCAUCCCAGGAACGUGGCCGGUGACUGGAACACAAUCGGAGAAUCCCUAAUUACCAACUUCUGUAAAUAACCCAACGUGAGAGAAUGGCCUAGAGUGGAGGUCUUCAGUAUCUUUGACGCUGGUGACACAUUGAAGAACUUAACCAAGAUCCCACCUUAAAUGGGGAGGGCCCCCAGACAGACUUGAAGACAGAAAACAAAACAAAAGAAAAACUCUAAAAUGGAUCCAUGCUGCCUGUCAUGCCUUUUGUGGGAAAAAACAUCUAUAAUACCAAAAUGAGUCAUUGUGUUUAAUUUCGGAGAGAUCGCAGCUCAUGUGGAUCAACAAUGCUAGCCAAUGUAAUGUUAUCGGUACCACGCUGGUCACAGGAAGGCGUGUCGGGAAUGGUGUAAGAAUGGGGUUAUUCAGUCUACCUAGAUCCUAUGGGAAAACUGUAAGACCAUUUACAUAUCAGUACAAAACUCCUUUAUUUUAUUAAAAGAUGGAGAGUUAAUGUCAAUUUAUUAAGAUCAUGUAUUGAUCCUUUAAAUUAUUAAAGGUUUACAUUUGAUAGGACAAAUGGGUUUGGUAGUGAAAUAUUUUUAUACAAUAGAUACAUUUUGGGCUUUUUAUUUCCAGGACUAUUGGGAAACGUGAGCAGGGUUGAAUUUCAUGGUCUUUUAGUGCAACCAAAACAAUUUUUACUCUCUUUGUAACAGAAUGGACAAAAAGCUAAGGUUUGUAUGUUAAACUAACAGUGGUGCAGGGUGAAUUAUUUACAUCUAUGUAUGAAUCUAUAUACUUAGGUGAAGGAAAAAAAUGACUCACAUUCCUGUAACAUAAAAGCCAAUUGCUAGUUGACAAGUGACCUCUUUUCUCUGUACCUAGGUAAGCCCAUGCGUAUGGAGUUUUAAUCUGUACAGAAAGAAAUGUAUUAUUGAAAAGACUGGUCUUUCUGCUGCUGGGGAAAUAGUAGACGAGCUGAUUCUUCCAACAACUGUAUGAUCAGGGACGCGGUAGAGUAUUUCUUUUGUCUUUGCUCAAAGCCAUAC